GUAAUGAAAAUCUAUUCUUCUUUCUUCAUCUUUUUUCUUUCUUUGUUUUUUUUUCCAAAUUUAUUCUUCAUUGACUGACUAAAACAAAGUCUUUCUCUUUGUUUAAGUCUUGUGGGCAAAUCAUUUUAUUAUAUACCUAAAUUACAAGGAAAUGAAACUCAUUCUCUUUAUUGUCCAUCUCUUCUUGCCGAGUUCUCAAGAAGACCUAACCAAACAGAGAAGAUGAAUCAAUUUUCCUUGUUCAGCAGUGGAAUAGAGUCAGCAAAUUUGGUAGUGAGCUCAGAUCUCCUCCAACAAUCAUGGAAUGAAAAUGAAAAAUUGAAACUUAACGGGGACAACAAUCAAAGUGAUCCAAAUUUGCUUCCCUCUCUUAAGUACAGAGAUUAUACACAUCAACUCUUUGGUACUAUUGUAGCUUUUGGAACUUCACCCACUUGUACCGUACAACAUUUUGAAGGAGUAGGCAGAGAACUAAUUUCAUCGGAAACUCUUAGAAGAGAUUCUUUUCCUUGCUUUGAUUUUCUCAGGACCAAAAGCAACCAAGCCUUCUCCAUUCACAAAGAUGCAAUUUCCCUUUUUCGAUCUCGGUACAAUGAGCUCUCUGACCUGAAAAAAAAGCUGCUUGACAUUAUGCGGCAUGACAUUAUGACCAAUACGUCCACUCGUAUAAUUAUCACAGGACACUCUAUAGGGGGAUCCAUUGCCUCCCUCUUCACCUUAUUUCUGCUUGAAAGCAUUCCCCCGAAAGCCAAACGCCCCCUUUGUAUCACUUUCGGCUCACCCCUUAUUGGUGACUAUGGCUUCCAACAAGCUAUACUCAAACGCCCAACUUGGAAUUCUUGUUUUCUGCAUGUAGCCCCUAACUGUGAUCCGAUCCCCAAACUUUCCGUCUCAACUUCCCAAAAUGGAAGUUACCAGCCAUUUGGUACAUUUCUCUUGUGUUCUGAAUCCGGCUGUGCCUGUUUUGAGGAACCUGAAUCAGUUUCAGAAUUGCUAGUGGCAAUGAGAUCGGCUAGUGUUGGAAAUCAAGAUCCUAACCACUAUACAAGGAUUUUGGAACGCCUCAAGUGGAAGGCAAUCUGUAAGGGAAGUUCAGUGCUGACUGGCCUGCUUAAUACUCUUCGAGGAGAAAUUGUCACACAGCUAGAUGCAAUAGGAAUUAAGAACGUCUCACAGCUGCAGCAUUUGGGGAACAGUGAAAUCAAUGCCCUCAUAACGAAAGUUGAAGAAAGAACAAAACAUCUUGUACAUCAGAAGAAGGCUGCUGUUGAUCCCAACAAAAAACUGAAUAAUAGAAAAAUAGACAUGGCCAGAAUUGGACGGUACAAGAAGGAAAAUACAGGUAAUAGAGGCUACUACAAUAGUUACAAAGAGAAGAACUUGAGGGACGAAAGCCGGGAACAUAUGAUCGUUUUCCAUAAAAAACUCACCAUUUACUGGAAGAAAAUGGUUGAAGAGGCAGAUAAGAUGCCCCAGAACCAGAAGGAGGGAGCAUCCUUUGUUACGCGCUGGCUCUAUGCAGGAACAAACUAUAGAAGGAUGGUUGAACCGCUUGACAUAGCUGAUUACUAUGGGAAAGGUAAAAGGGACUACAUAACUCAAGGAAGAUCUGCACAUUAUGUCUUGUUAGAGCAGUGGCUGAAUGAUGAUACUAAACCAGAAGUUCAACGAAACAAUGCAAGUGUGAGAAAAGCAGCUUGCAGUCUUACUGAGGAUUCUUGCUUUUGGGCACAUGUUGAGGAGGCUAUUCUUUCAUGCAAGUCAUUCCAGGCUAGAGAAACCAGUCCGGCAGAUAAAGAAUCCUCAAGGGAGAAGUUGAAGGAGUUUGAUCGCUACGCGAUGAAUUUGAUAAACAAUUUUGGGGUAUCCACUGAGAUUUUCUUGGAGCGGAGCAGCUUCAUGCAAUGGUGGGAGGAGUAUGAUAAGAUAAUGGGAACUGAAUAUAAUUCAGAACUCAUUCAUUUCAUGAGGAAUCGCAAACAUAAACAAUAUGUUUAGUGUUGGAAGCUCUUCUAACGCAUAAACCUAACUAGUUAUGCUUGUGUGAAUCUUGUGUUCUACUAUUAUAUGUUUAUGGACUUGGCUGUGCCAAUUGCCCUGUACUUGAAUAUUUUCCCAAUUAAAUAAAAAACGAGUAGAUGAUACUAAACCAGAAGUUCAAUGAAACAAUGCAAGUGUGAGAAAAGCAGCUUGCAGUCUUACUGAGGAUUCUUGCUUUUGGGCACAUGUUGAGGAGGCUAUUCUUUCAUGCAAGUAAUUCCAGGCAAGAGAAACCAGUCCGGCAGAUAAAGAAUCCUCAAGGGAGAAGUUGAAGGAGUUUGAUCGCUACGUAAUGAAUUUGAUAAACAAUUUUGGGGUAUCCACUGAGAUUUUCUUGGAGUGGAGCAGCUUCAUGCAAUGGUGGGAGGAGUAUGAUAAGAUAAUGGGAACUGAAUAUAAUUCAGAACUCAUUCAUUUCAUGAGGAAUCGCAAACAUAAACAAUAUGUUUAGUGUUGGGAGCUCUUCUGAUGCAUAAACCUAACUAGUUAUGCUUGUGUGAAUCUUGUAUUCUACUAUUAUAUGUUUAUGGACUUGGCUGUGCCAAUUGCCCUGUACUUGAAUAUUUUCCCAAUUAAAUAAAAAAACGAGUACAUUUCUUUUCUUAA